CCUGCUUCGUCGCAAAGCCAGCCGCCCCUUCUUCCGGCGCUCCCAACACAAAGAAUCCAUUCCAACCUGACCCGCCCACCCACGACCCGACUCGGCACUCACCCAACAGACCCAACACACACAAAGCAUAAUGUCUGACUACGGCGGCGGCGAAGACGACUUUGGAAACGAGGUUGGAGGAGCCGGAGGAGGCGAGGAGCCCUACUACGACGAGGACGAUCUGCAGGAAGAGUACUACUCGCCUGAGCCCCAGGACGGCGCCGAGGGAGGCGCAAAUGGCGCCGCCGACGAGGACGCCGACAACAUCGUCCCCUCGGGCGACCCUGCAGCCGCCGCAAAGGACAGCGUCAAGUCGCACAAGGACAAGAAGAUCCCCAACGACCAGCGGACUACGACGCCUUACAUGACAAAGUACGAGAAGGCUCGUAUCCUGGGCACACGGGCUCUGCAGAUCAGCAUGAACGCUCCCGUUCUCGUCGAUCUCGAGGGAGAGACCGACCCGCUUCAAAUAGCCAUCAAGGAGCUGCGGGAGAAGAAGGUCCCCCUGAUUGUGCGGCGAUACAUGCCUGAUGGAUACUACGAGGACUGGACCUGCGAGGAGCUGCUGCAGUGAGCGAGGCUAUAGCAGUCAGCUUAAGCUUGGUGACACUCCUGUUGAAGCAGGCCCUCCGAGGGCCGACUGUCUCGGUGGCUUGUAUUCUGCAUUAGCGAAGGCGUUCAGGUUGGAAAAAGGAAGACAAGUGUUGGGCUGUGAACCUGCCGUUGACGAGAUCUCUAUGUGGGCUAGCGAUCUGGAAAGCCAAGGCCUCACGAUGCCCAUCAAUCCGCUUGCAUCUCUUCGACACGCUUUUAGCAUUCACACGAUUGGACAAUCAAGGCUUGUCUUCAGGGCAACUACCAUACAUGACCUGCAAUUCCGGCCUGUUAAGGCCUAUGGGAUGGGAGUGUAGUGUCCCAUUAGUCGAGCUAAUAACACAGGCUCCUACGGUGCUCGCCCUACCCUGCGACCUCUAUAUCUACACAAGAUAAUUUAUAUAAAUAUUCUACUACUUAACUUAGGAUCACCUAAUUAAACUAUAUAUUAAGG